AUGCUGCCGUUAUUCAGCCGCCCAUCCCCACCAGGAGCAUCAGGUGGCGAUGAUGUUCCACGGUUCGGGAUGAGACAGUAUGACAACGACGAUGACACGAAGAAAACACAACGACGUAGUCGAUGCGGUGGCGGUGGAACGACGCGGCCGACAGUGCUCGCCCACACUUGCAAAGAGACGGAAGACAGAGACACUAAAAUCUGGCUACCACCUACACACGACGGACGCACAGAUGGAAGGAAUGUCGUGCGGAACGAGGACAUCUGGUGGAAAUCGAUUUUCGGAAAGAAAAACUGA